AACAACAAUCAAAAUACACACACAAAUUAACAACAUGGUUAUUAACACACCCCUCACUGUGCCCUGCGGCACUGCGAGUCCCCCCGCAACCAGAUCUCGUGUACAAAUCGAUUGGGAUAUUAAUGACAGUGUCGUUCCCGUGGUAACAGAAUUCGAUGAAUUCCACGAUUGGGCCAAUGGCCAUUGCCGUCUGGUCUACUCUCAGAACAGCGAAGAGGCCAAGAAACAUUCAUCCGGCUGGGCCAUGAGGAAUACCAACAAUCACAAUAUCAACAUUUUGAAGAAGAGCUGCCUGGGCGUACUUCUCUGCACAGCCAAUUGCAAAUUGCCCAACGGCAACAGUGUCCAUUUGCGUCCCGCAAUUUGUGAUAAGGCUCGUCGCAAGCAACAAGGCAAACCCUGCCCAAAUAGAAAUUGUACGGGACGUUUGGAAAUCCAACCAUGCCGUGGCCACUGUGGCUAUCCAGUAACACAUUUUUGGCGUCGUUCCGGUAAUGCCAUCUUCUUCCAAGCCAAGGGUACCCAUGAUCAUCCACGUCCCGAGGCUAAAGGUUCCAGUGAGGCUCGGCGUCUUUUGGGUAGUGGACGUAGGGCACGCAGCUUGGCUGUCCUACUAGCCAGAGAUGCUGCUCUCAAUGACAAAUUGACCAGCCUCCGUGGUGUUAAGAGAAAUAACUCAAAAAUGGAAGCCUCCACAGAUGCCAGUUUGGUACAGGCCUCAAAGAAGAAGCGUGCCAUGCGUGAAAUUUCCAGCAAUGUUACCCCAGCUGUGUCCACGGAACAAAUUCCCCAAAAUACUUACAAUCAACAUUUGAUGGAUGGCACUCCAUACGAGAAUCAAUGGUUACCCGAAUUGAAUAACACACCUAUGUACAACACCGGCAGCACCACCACAACAACAAUUUUGCCAGAAUUUAAUUAUGGAUCGCAUCAACAGCAACAACAUCUGACAUCUUUAGAAUCCAACUACAAUAUCCAUUACGAACAACCUGCCUCCUGUCUAACCUCACCACAAUCUGCCUAUUCAUAUUCCCAGCAGUACUCCCCCAAUAACUCGGGAUUAGAAGAAACUCUGCUGGGCCAAGGCCAACAAAAUUUGUAUGCCCCCAACUCCAGCAGCUUAUUGUCCACAGAUUUCACCACUGCCGAUAAUCAAAAAUGGAUCUAUGAAAACUGUGAUGAUGCCUCCAGUUUGACCAGCAGCUCGGGCUAUAACUCCGAUGAUUACUAUUAUUCCACAUUUAUGUCUUCGACAUUGAAUAAUUUUGAAACCCCUGCCGCAGCCUCUGAAAUGCCCCAACAGUUGGCACACAGUCCAUCAUACUAUAGUGCCACAUCACCCACCGCCACCGAUAUCUACAACAGUGUCUUUGAUGCUGACCUACCCUCGUCACUGUAUACCCCGACGGCUGCUGAUAAUUUCCAGAACACUACCAACACCCCAUCCAGCCAUCAAGUCGUCGAAUUCAAUGAUAAUUUACUUAAUCACUCGCCACAAUAUCACAGCUUAUCCGGCUACACUUCCGAUCUCAACACAAGCAGCUCGAAUAAUACCGUCGGCGGCGGCGGUCAUACAGGAUCUGACUUUUACUACAGCAAUUCGGUAAAUGAUAACGGCAAUGAAUGGAAUAUUCAAAUGGAAAACUCCAGUAUUUUGUAUUCCCACCAGCAGCAGCAACAACAACAAAUGGACUCGACUAUGUUAAAUCACCAGCAACAACAAAUGCACCAAACUUUGUCAGCGGGAGUUUUUUAA